AUUCCAUCGAGUUUUUACUUGAAAGUGCGUCCCGAUACGGUUGAACUUUUUUCGAUAAAAAUUCUCGGAAGUGAUGCUUAAUCGUUAUGAGGGUGCUUAAUUGCGGCGAUUAAUGGGUUAAAAAGUGAAAAUAAUACGAAUUAUGAUACACGUGUCGUUCGAAAGCGCAUACAGAUAUGAUCGGGUGAAACGCAAAGGAACAGCUUUCUUAACGAAUCUGUUUAAAUCGAAAAAACUGGCGGUAGGGAUGAAGAUUAACGAAGACGAAGAGAUGGAACGAACGCCCAGGGUGGAGACUCCUGCAAUUAUUACUAACGCUUGUCGUCGAAACGGCUCGGAGAAUGACAGCACAAUGUCGCGAAUUCCAUCGACCUUGAGUGUGACAGCAGUGGACGUCGUUGUCUCCUGUCAGCCGUCACCCUCGCACUCAAUUCUGACCCUGACACCCGGUAGAACGCGUAACAUUGAUCAGGACAUGGAGGCACUCAGGCUAAGUCGUCAGGAUAACCCCUUUCUACAGGUAUUAGCAAGCCGAGAGAGCCUCGUGGAAUCGAUCGAGGAGUCCGAGUCCGAUGAUGCAAUUCUAAUGUCGCAGGAAUAUGGUGACGCGGAUCCGCUAACACUAGCACAGGUACAUGAGCACCUGGUACGCAGUCCACCCCCGGCUUCGUGGCCCAAUUCCACGGCCUUCCAGUUCCCCAAUCAGGAUGAAAGUACCACCCCAGGCAAGAAUGAUGCGACACUCCUAGUAAAGAGCCCGUCAAAGACACCCUCGCAUCGUGGUAACGACCAUGAGCUCUCCAGAAGCGAGACGACGACUGAUAUUAGAGAUCGGCACUCUCAUCCCUUCUCGUUAUUACACCCGACACCGAUUCGUUCCUUGUCAGAAGUUCGCCGACUUCGAUCGGCCGACGACAGCGUGCAGCUCAUGUCGAACGAAUAAACUAUAUAAGGAUACUGGAUCUUAAUUGAAUUUU